GGCUAUUUCCAAGAUGGCGCAGUCCUUGUCAGAUGAAGAGUUUUCUCGAAUGCAGGUACUAUGACUUAACAUCAAUAACCGACUUGAUUCAAUAAUAAUCAUUUUAUUAUUAUUUGUCCUUUUUGCCUUAUAGACACAGCUCAUCGAGCUGCGUACCUUGAAUUACGAGCUGGAGUCUAAUUGUCAAAGACAACAGACAGGUCUGUCCGUGAUCAAUAUUUUUGAUUUCGUUGUAAAUCGCUUUAAUUUAAGAGUAAUUAUUUCCGUGAUCAUUCUUUUAAACGAAGUAGGAAAUGAGCGAUACUGAGUCAGCAUGGUUCAGACUCAGGGUUUCGACGUAAACUUGUGUUAAUCUUGAGCUGCUGCAAGACGAAGCUAAACUAUCAUAAAUUAAAUUUGCAACACGGAAAAUUUUAAGUUUGUGCAUGCAGGCGUAGUUGUUCGAUUCUUAGAAAAAAAUAGACUUAAAAUCUCUUGUCUUUGUCCUUUAUUCCAUUUGAAAUUUGAAUACUGCUUUGAAUUUAUCAAUUUAUGAGAAUUCACUUAGAACAAUCCCCAAGGUUAUACCAAUUUAAAACAAUCUCUAACCCUUUAAACCCUAACAUCAGUGUCUAUAUUCUCCAUACUUUUCUCCACAUAUUUCCUUUGGUACUGACCAGGAGAAUUUGUUUAACGAUCUAAGCUGCUUAAGUUGGCAAUCAUUUCCUUAUUCUCAUGAUAUUAAUGAAAGAUUCAACAGUAAUAGUUUAGGAAGAAACUAGGUGUUAAUCAUUCUUAGGGUUUAAAGUGUUAAAAUUUAUUCUCUGCACUGAAGAUUACAAAACAAGGACUGGGAAUGAUCUUACAUGAGUCUUCGUUGCUGUCCAGCAAGGUGCUUUAAGACCAGUCUUUCCUGAAUGUGUUGUGUCACCUUUUUGUACUCUUGGUUGGAGAAAGACUAGUUUUCAAGUAAAUUUCUUGCACAAGAAAACAACACAGUGACUCAACUAGGGCUCUUACCUAGAUCCCUCAAUCAAAUUUUGUCUUUGCCAGGUCUUGCAAUUGCAAUGAAUCGAGGGGAGAGAAUAUCUUGAAGUUUUAAUGUUUUCUUUCUGAUUCUCAGAACUGGGUCAGCUUCAAGAAAAAUACAAUAAUCAGGAAAAAGAAUUACAGAAAGCUAACAAGGUAAGUCUGUGCUCAUCAGGAACACUCCAGGGUUUUUUUUUUAAUUUACCUUGAUUGCUUGUUAGAAAUUUUUCUACAGAAACAAUCAGAAAUCAUUCUUUCUUCAUGCAUGAUAAUUUAGCACAUGUUAAAUUAUAUUAUUUUUACUGGUUUUACAGAUCAUAAACAAAAGCAAAAACAGAAAGGUAUGUUCAUCUUUUUUUUGAUAAAUUGAACACUGGUUACUGUGUGAUAAAAAAAGUUUACAAUUGAUAUUGUAAUAUUAAUUUUUUUAGUCAAAUGUAUUCUGCUGUGUUCUGUAAUACAUUAAGCAUGUUUGAACCAGGCCUUUUUUUGUUUAAGGAAUAUGCAGUUCUUUUGGAAGAAAAUGAAAAUUUGCAAAGGCAGUUUCAGGUGUGUUUUUUCGAAAUGAGUAUAAUUUGUUCUUGCAAUGGUGAUGUUUCAUCUUUCCUUUCAAACUAUGUUAAUUCAUGAACAGUUUUGUUACAAGACAUGAGAUUUUUCAGUGAUGCAACUUUUUGUCGACUUGAAUGCCUUUGAGUUGAUGAUUUUCAUGUUUUGGAUGUUUUUAAUACAACUGAAUUUUUUACUUUCAGGCGCAAGAGGAAAAUUUUAAGUUGCAAAACCAAACCCUUCUUGAGGAGAUAAGCAAGGUAAUGUGCAUACUUUUCUUUUUUUUGUGACAAGAAUGGCUUGUUAAUGAGAAGUUGUCAGUCAAUGAUUAAAUCCAUCCAUCCGCUAGUCAGUUAUGCAGUCAGUCUGUCAACAGACCAGCAGAUCAAUCAGUCAAUCAGUCAGAGUCAGUUAGUGAGUUGGUCAAUCAGUCAGUCUGUCAACCAGUCUGCUAACCAGCUAGACAGUUUGUCAGUCAAUCAGUCAAUUAGUCAGACAAUCAGUCAGUGAGUCAGUCAAUCAGUCAGUCAGCGAGUCAGUCAAUCAAUCAAUCCAUCAGCCAGUCUGCUAACCAGCUAGACAGUCAGUCAGUCAAUUGGUCAAUUAGUUAGACAAUCAGUCAGUCAGUCAGUCAGUCAGUCAGUCAAUCAGUUGGUCAGGUAGUUAAUCAGUCAGUCAGUCUGUUAGUUAAUCAUUAAGUCUAUGAGUCAGUCAUUUUGAUUUUCAGUCAUUUUGUCAGUCAGAUGUACCAUUCCAGUCUUACAAUCAGUCACUCAGGCAGACAAGCAAUUACUCAGCCAUGCCAUUUUUAGUUGGCCAGUCAAUCAGUCUUGCAAUGGGGUGGGUUUGCUAUCUAUGUAAUCACUGAACUUUGUAGAGUAUUCACUUUAUGUCACAUGUGUGCAUGUACCUCAAUUUUUUUUUUUAAUUGAAAUCCAGUUAAAUGAUGACAAUGAAAAACUCCAAAGACAAGUAACAACAAAAGAUGGUAGCCAGGACUCAGGUUCUGAUGCAGAGUUGAGGAGACUAAGAGCAGAAAAUGCUGCUUUGCAGAAAAGUUUGACAAGUACGUGUACUAAACUAACGCAGAGAUAUGACAUUAGAUCCCAACCAUUUGUGAUAUUGUGGAAAACUUUUGAAAAGCUUAAAUUAUCAGUUUCUUCACCAAUCUUUUUAUAUUUACCUACGUCUUGGCUCAUAGAAAUAUGAGUCAUUUGAAACAUUGUGGUUCUCUGUGUGUUCAUAACGUUAUUUUUCUCCCUCCUGAAGUUUUCAUUAGCUUGGAGUAUAAACCCUGUAACUCCCAAGAUCUCUUUAGUAAUUCUCCUUACUGUCUGCUAUACAGUUCUUGUGAUGUUAGUUUGGAGAAUUUGGUAUUGGAUCAACUAAUAAUCCCCUAAUUAAGAUUUUUCUUUUUACUCAUCAUUUGUCUGCUUGAUAUUGUAUUGAAAAUUGUAAGGAGAAAUUCUGUCUUGGUCACUCAUGGGAGUUAAAGGGUUAAGUGUUUAUGUAGAGUAUCAGCAGUUCCUCUUUUUGGGUGAGGUCUGGCGUUUGAGUUAUAGAGAAGAAAAAUCAGCUAGAAAAAAAUUUAUGUCAGCUGGCCGUGCAGAAAUAUUGGAGUUAAGUGCAUCACCCCCAGAGGUCAGCACAGCAUGCUAUCAUCGAUUUUGUUUUUUAUAGAAAUAAGAGAGAUGGUAAAUUUUGAGCUUGGUAAAGAAAUAAAGAAAGAUGUUUUUCGUCUCGUCACAAGCAUGGGACAAAGAAAAAAUUCUGAGUCCCAAUAAGGAAUUGAAACCUCAGACCUUUCCUGAAGGUCUGAGGUUCAAUUCCUCUGGUCCCCACCCACGUGAUAAGACAAAAAACAUCUUUCUUUGAUUUUGUUUUUUGUUUAUUUUUUCCUACUCACUUGACAGUUUUUGAUUAAAAGGAGGGGCUUUUGUAGUGUGUUCUUCAACUUGUUUGUAUAAUUAUUAUCAAUUAAAUUACAAUAAUUAUAUCAACUUUUCAAUUUGUCUGUGCACCAUAGAUUCCCAACAGAGGCAUGAGGACGAAUUGAUGCAAUUACAAGAAAAACUCCAAUCCCUCUCUGAUGACCAUGAUAAUGACAGCUGCCAAUCAGCAGAUGCAGGUGAAAAUGAUGCCGAAGAGUUGCCAGCCAAUGGAGAAACACAUGGAGAUGAAAAUAAAGAUGCUGUAAAUGAAAGUGGACAGGCUAAAACAUCAAAACAAAAACUUCAUGAAAUUUUAAACGUGGAAUUGUCAGCAUUUUGUGAAAAAAUGUGUAGCAGUGAAACUGGUGAUGUGUCUAAGGAGGCAGAAACAAACCAAAGGCAUGAAGUUGCCAAGGGUGUGGAUGAGAAUUUAAGUGUAGUGGAUGGCGCUGAAACAGAGAGCAAUGCACCUGGAACAGCAAUGUUUGACUCCACAGAUAAGAAGUCAGGCAAUGAGGAUUUUAUUGAAGAGAUAGACAAUUUGAAAAGGAAACUUGCUGAUAGUUUGUUUCAUUUUGUUUCUUCAAAUGAAGGUAAGAUUUUUGCAAAGUUUUUUCCCCUGAAUGUCUGCUCCGGAAAUCUUUUUUUCUGAGGAAUUGCAAGUUAGCUCUGUGAAGUCUUACUUAACUUAUAGAUUAAUGAUGUCGGCGGGUUUUACAAAGUAAGAGAUUUAUGAAUCAAUAUGUAGAUGAAAAUCUUAAGGGCGUCAUGUAUAAUGGCCGCAAUUUCACAGCUCAUAUCAUCAUACAUCACAUGUACUGUCCUUAUGAAGAUUAGGUUUACGCUCGUUUCGUCGACGUGCGGUUCUCGAGUUCCAUCUCGGCAACAACUCGGGACGAUUCGAUUGAUACGUCGGCGAAAGGACCGGAUGUUGAAGAUUACGAGAUGUCAUGAAAGGCAGCGUUUCGUCUUGGCAUAUGAAUUUAUGGAAUUUUCAAACAAACUCGUUCAACAUCGCACUCAAAGUCCCGUUCGAAAGUUCAAGCUGUUAGCAAUCCGGCUCUCUAUCGCGAAAGGUCUCCCACUGCGAUAGUGAACCAGGAAGCUGACAACUUGGUGAACAGGACUCAGAGCGAGUCUCUCGGCCAAGACGAUACGCUGUGUCGUACCAACUAAAAAAUACAUGUAUGUUCCUCAACCUAGAAAAGAUCCUUAAAUUGCAGAAAUAUACCUUUAGAUAAAAAAAUGUACUAAUAGUAAUACUAUGAGAAGGAUUUACGAUCAUGUAUGUUCCACGCAAAGGGUUGAAUGGCUGUCUUUUACCUCAUAACCUGCAAUGUAACUAUAAUGUGUCAUUGGUGCUGCAAGUCUGAAGGUUUUUAGGUUAUUCGACUGUCAAAAGUUAUGUGUUAAAAGGUUAGGAUGCAGAUGUAAUUUUUCUGUUAUGGUUUUUACAAGUUACAGCUGCAGUCGUCAGAAGUCCGCCGCGGGAACGUCGACAAGAGGUCAGUACAUGUACACACAAAUGGGGAUGCUGUUUUAAGUAUCAGAGAUGCCAGAGAGCUGCUCGACUCUGAGCUCGAGUCCGGAUUGCAAUGAAAAUAAUUGCAUACAUGCGAGCGGUUUCUGUGUCAUGAAGUUGGGUGUCCAGCGCUUUGUCUUCUGCUAUUGUUUUGCGUGCGACAGUAAAAUUAUUUACUCUAAUUUGCGGAUCGAAAUCCUUGGAGAGCUCUUCGAGGGUCUCUAUUUUCGAUUCUAAUUGUUAUUUUAUAUUAAUAUACAACUUGUGUACCUUUUUGCAAGCUAUAUCCUGGAUGCAGAAGAUAAAUAAUACUGCUUUCGGCAACAGUGAAAUUUAGACAUAAUUUGCGCUCGCGUGCAUUUUGUAUUACACGCAAGUGCAUGUAGUAACGCGCAGUGUGCGUGUUUUGCGCGUGUAGUACUUGGGAUUGGCACAUGCUUUAAGCGCGUGUAAAGCUGCAGUAUACGAAAGCGGUAGUGUAAUUCUUCUUACCUGAGUUGCUCUCCUUAUCAAGUAAAUGUUAUUGAUUAUACUUUGGGUGUUUUUGAAACUUGUUUACAACUAUGAUCUGACUUUUAUUACGAAGGUUGAAGUCAGAAGCCUGGCUCUGGAAAAGCAAGUGAAGGAGAUGGCAAGUCUUCAGCUACAACUUGACACCGAACGAGAAGAGAAGAGAAUCCUUCAAGAUCAGCUACAUGAAGCUGAGGUGGGUUAGAGAGGGAAAAACCAACUUAGUGCUGGGUGGCGCAGUAGUCUGUUGGUUUGAGAGCCACAAGUUUGUCAGUAAUUUUAAUAUUGCUGUGGAGUGACACCCUUACCCCGAUAAAUAUAUGUUAUUUGCCGGCUGGGAGGUCCGUAUGGUGAAAAACUGUGACCGAGGACUUGAAAAUACUGCCCGAGGCCGUAGGCCGAGGGCAGCAUUUUCAAGACCGAGGUCACAGUUUUUCACCAUACGGACCGACCCUUAGCCGGUAAAUAACAUAUUUAUUGUUUUUAAACUUGAUGAAAUUCUUUCCGAAAGAAUGCGAAUGAUUUAUGGCCGUAAAUACGGCAAGAUCUUCCAUAAACUGAACAAUUUUUGAGUGAGUAAAUGGUAGUUGAAAAAAUAGAGGUGAUGCAAAUUUAAGAGAGAUGCCUCAGCGAAACAUUUUCAUUUCCGUAACGAUAAAGGUGAUUUAAAAGGCUUCCAAACAAACUUUGAAACAUUAUUUUUACAAGUAUCUGUCACAAUCUGACACCUGUCAAUUAGAGAGCGCGCAAGAAAAAAAAAGCGUAGGAACAUUUGAAAACCAACAGAACUAGUUUGGCAAGGACUGUCACGACAAUAUUUUCUUCAAAAUCAGUCAAUGAUCUAACGGAAAGUAUUAUUCACUCUCAUCGACCAUUCAUUCAUGUACGAAGAUUUACCUCUGUUCAUUAAGUAAACGGCGAGGAAAGUAAUUGUGAGUAAAUUCAAUUUUUUUAUUUUGAAGUUGUGAGAGUUUGCUCGUUUGUUUGCUGUAAUGGCCUGUUUAACUCUGGUCUUUCCUUCACAAAAACUAAAUUCGAACGGCACACUCCAACGAGACACAAGGGAAUUUAAUGCGGCCUUUUCUCAAAAAACAUCCUUCAAUUUCUGUUGUGCAAUUUACGGUACAAAUGUCCAAAUUGAACGGAAUUGGAAAGACUCACCGGGAGCGUAUAUUUGUUGUAGAACUUAAAUUAAAACUUCGCUUGCUAUUUCACUAUGAACAAAUUGCUCGAGAAAAUUCAGAUAUUAAAUGAAUGAAAGUUCCAUCGUUCAGUUUAACUGUAACCAAAUACCUCACGUUUCAACUUUCUGGGUACUUUUUGUGAACGAUUAAAAUUAAUUGCAGACGGUUUUUAGGCCGCUUGUCAACCAACGUAAUGACAAUAUUGUUUAUACAAAUUCAUUCUGAAACCAAUAUUUUUCUGUCAACCAAAAAGGAUUUGAUAGAGAGAAAAGAGAGGAUUCAUAAGUUAUUUAUCGGCUUCAGGUAGUGACCGACGUGUUUGCUUAAAAAUACUGCCCAGCCGGAAAACGAGGUAUAAAUAUGAAAAAUGACAACGAAAGUUGGGAUGUACCCGGCGACUCACGAAAGCGUUACCGUGGCCCUUGGGCAGAGAUAGGAAAAUACUGACCGGGUAGAGAACCAAUCAGAUUGCAAGAUUCGUUACCGUGCCCUCUAAAAAAACAAUGAAGUCUCUUACUUACUUACUUAUUGCGGUGGACUCCGGGUUGAGAAGUCUGGGUUCAAGCCCUGCCCAGGUCAUUGUGGUGUGUUCUUUGGCAAAGUACUUUAAUCUUUUUCUAAAAACAUUUUAUUUCAGACGUCAGGCAAGCAGGAAAUUUCAAAGCUCGAGAAGGAACUUUCGCAGGUGAGAAGAAUGGUGCAUUGUGUGUCAGUAGAAUCUGAGUGACUUGUUUUAUGUCGCAGGCUUUUGUAUACAUCAAUAGCCUUGCCCUAGUAUGAAGUCAAUCUAUUUUUACUAUUUUAUUUUCUAUUUCGUAGCUCACAGAAAAAGUCAAAAGGAAACAAGAAAGGUAUGUCACUUGAGCCCAGCUGCUUGAAACAGAAUUGGCAGUAAUUCAGAUUUACUGUCUUGGUUCAUCGUAAAAAAAAAAAAAAAAAAAAAAAGAAAUUUUUAUUUUCUUCAGAGCUUAUACUCGCUUAGAUCAGUAAUGUGUUAAUCGUCCUGUGUUGAAUGGGCACGAGAGACGUUAAAUUAUCAUUAAGGAAUCGAAACCCAGACCUUUGGAAUUCAGGAUUAUUUACUUGAACAACAAGCUACAGAGGGCCCGUCAGGGGAGCCGGUAGAGGCCAUGUGCAUGAUUCCUAGGUGAAUUUGAAUAUCAAUACAGCACUAACAUAUGGGAUCAUGCUUUUUUACAGUUACCUACAGCUUCAAGAAGAAAAGGAGAAACUUUAUUCGGAAAACAAGUGAGUCUUACUUAGCAUUGUGGCCUGAUGGUUAACACGAGGGAGUUUGGGUCCGAGUUUAAGCAUUCGAUCUCAAGCCCUUAACCUGUUUUCGUUAAAAGAAUGUUAAAGACCCCUCGAGGAACUGAAGACUGUUUUGCUGUCUAAGACUCAGGAAUUCUAUCAACAUACUCAAGAUUUUAGCGGCGGUCUUUAUUUUUUUUCUCAAACUUUCGUGUCAUUUCAGGAAAUCUCAAGAGGAGUUAAAAACCACGAAAGAACACGAAAUAGAGGUAGGUAUAUGCAACUUGUUUAGGGUUUAUAUUUCAUGCAUUCUGUGCUUCAGUUUUGUACUUUUUUCGAAUCAUAUGUGAUUUUCCAGUUGCUUUGGGUAGAUGGUUAUCAUCCUUGUGGUAAGAAGCUGGGCUGAUGUACUGGAACCAAAAAACCCAACAUGGCCGCCAAUUUUAUUCUUUUGUUUCCUUAAUACCCCGAUAUGGCCGCCGUGAUGUCAUGUGACAACCCGUCACUGUACAGUUUUCCUUGAUGGAAGAAAAAGAAGAAAAUUACUCAAGAUUUCAUCAACUUAUGUAUCAUAUUCUUUAGGUUUUAACAGAGCAAAUGGCAAAGCUUCAAGAUGAGGUUAACACUGCCAAUAAGGUUAGCACAAACAGAAACGACCAGGAUCUUGGGAAGCGUUUUUUUUUAGUUUAAUACCAAAGUUCCGCGCGGUCGCUAAUGUCAUUUUUUUUCUUUCUGCUAUUCCUUUUUGGACUCGCGCGACGGACUUCGCUUAAAGGAGGGGGGGGGGCUGUUCGAAGUCUAGCGAGGAAAGGGCGUAGAGUGUGGGAAAGAAUGAAAAUAAUUUUGUGGGCUGCGAAGAGAGAAAGAGUGAAAAGUAAACGGCGACGAAAGAACAAGAAGCAUGCGAAAGUUACUACAAACCUUAAAAAAAAUAACAGAAAGAUUGAAACUGAGCGCGAAGAGCUACAAGAAAGCGCGAAAUGCAAUUAUUAGCGAAAGCUUUCUCUCAUCGGCACUGAAGAAAAUCUUUGUGGGUUUUGUCCAUUUACACAGCGGUACACAGAGUUAAAAGAGGGAAAUGAAAGAAAGAUUAAAGGACUUGAAGAGACUAUGACAUCCCAGCGUAACCAGGUAACGGGUGUCAUCACCAAGGAUCGUGGCUAAUCUAUUGACUGAUUGACUGGAACGACUGAUGUAUCGACAGACUAACUGACUGACUGGCGGAGUGAUUUAUUGACUGACAGACUGACUGACUGACCGACGUAGUGCUCUACAGAUCGAUUGACGUAUGUCUGCCUACUGACUGACUGACCGAUGACCGACCGACCACACAGUUACUGUGUAAGUGACUCAAACUGACCUAUUGACUGACUGACUGACCUAUGACUCACCGAUUAAUAACUGACCGAAUGAAAAACUGUGUUACUGACUGGCAGACGGACGCUUUCUUUGUCUUUGAUUCAAGUUUGAAGUAGGUACAAUUUCUGAAAUUGCAAUUUCCACCAAUCUGUUUUUUUUAGGCGUCGUUAUCUGCAGAGGAAACGGAACAGAUUGUUGCAGGACUUAGGUAAUACAGUAUUAUUCGUUGUUGGGAUACUUAGAUUCUCAUGAAAAACUCUGUAGGCAAAGGCGUAGCCCAGAACAACUCACAUGCAUCUCUCUUGCUCUCCAAACUGCCAAUGUGUCUAAAGAGAACUCGCUGAAAACUCCACAGAAUAAAAUGUCCAAAGACAUAAUAGUUUGAAAUCGUCUGUAUCCUACGUAGGCUUUUGCUUGGCGGUGGGAGAGUCAUAUGCCAUAUGCAAUCUUCUAUACAGAUUUAGAAUUACUCUUUUUUCUCUGUUGAAACAGAAAAAAAGGCUGACUAUAGGAUACCAAAUAAAAUUACCAAAUAUAUGAGGUUCUUAUUGGGUUGCUGGUGUGAAGUCUUGUUUAGGUGAAUGAUUUGGGGUUUUCAGCCGCCAUUUUUGAAAAGAAUCUAUUAACUAGUUUUUAAAACAGUUUCUAAUUUACAAUUUCUGAUUUUUAGGCAAGAAAAUGCGUCUUUGGUCACUGAAGUGCAAGAGCUGCGAGCGGUAGGAAUCUUUCUUUUUGUUGUUUAGAUAGUAAAUUGACACGCAGUUUGAAGGCUGGUCCCUAAAUUGGUGGUAAAGUCACACUGAGUGUUACGUUAGCAACAUUUUUACGGUUGGGAUCAAAGUUUGUGGCCCUUGAAUAGAUUUAUUCCUCACGAAAUGUAUUUUUCCUGCUUGUAAUUUGUAGAAAGUCAAAACAAUAAGGGAGGAGCAGGAAGAGUCUGAGGUAAGCAUGUGUAGCCCUUGCCCACCCCCCAACCCCCCCCACUCCCUACACGUUAGAAAAAUUUCAACUUGUCACAAUGCUCGCUUCAUGAAUCGGUAUCAAAACCGAAACCACUUGCGACCUUGACGCUCGCUUUUUCCUGCUCUUGACGUGUGCCUAGUUUGAGUUAUCAUAGGCUUUUUUCCGGAUUUUUCUUCGUUCUGAUUGGUCGUCGUGAUUACUUUGGUUAUGAUGUUUUGAUACCCAGUCGUAAAGUACUCUAGUAUCAAAACAACUUACUCUAUCCACGAGAUAGUGAGUUGUCAGAUACAUAUCACUGUCUUGCUUUCGAGCUUCCAGAGUCAGGGUCUAAAGGUCGCGCAAAAUUUAUCGCGUCCCUCCCCCCCCACACUUUCCCGAUCCGCUCUUUAAAUGAGUACUUUAUGUCCGUACACUUAUUGUGUCGCUCUGUUCGAUUAGGACUUGAUAUCACAAUUGGAAAACAAAGUGUCUUUGACCGAGACGCGCUGCGCUGAGCUGGCCAUGGAGGUAGAUGAGUUGACAGCCCAUGUGAAGGUAGCGCUUCAAAUCCAAAUCAAACUACCCCCCCCCCCCCCUUCCUCUCUCCUUUUCCUUAAACUGGCUUCUUAUGUAGGCCCAGCAGGUUAGCUUGCAUGUCCGGGGAGGGAAGGGGUGGGGGGAGAGAGAACGAUUGGGUGAGCCACUAGCGAUGACAUUUUCGGUUUGCUAAAGUAUGAUUACCUACCCCACAGGUGUUGUUGCAGCUUUAGAUCAGAUUUAUUUUCAUGUCUAAGGAAGAUUUGACUUAGAUGAAGAUAACUGGUGUUUCACACGAGCGUAGGAAGGAAAAAAAAACGCGUGUCCCCCCCUUAGGUACCCGCACUUCAGACCUUGAGAUACAGGGAACUCGUUUCUGAGUUACCCUCUGAAAUAGGUCCGUUUGCAAAAGGAUUCUUUGAUUUUCAAGCGCUAAAUCUGUUCUGUGAUUGCCUGGUGGUGCUAGCUCCAUGUUUUUAUCUCAAAACAGGAACAGAACACUGCAGUUGAAGGCUGGAAUGAACAAAUAUCACAGCUAACAUCUGAACGUGAUCAGCUGAAAGACUCGCUGGAAGAAGUAACCAAGGUGAUAGCCAUUGACAAUUUCGACGACUUGUUCUCUAUUUUAGCAUAGGAAACUUGUUAACGACGUUUGUUAAAAAAAGCCUUGCUGAAAUUCAAUUUUUCCUUAAACCCUUAACAAUUCCUUGGCAGUUGUCGGAGCUAAGAUAAUUUGGUCCAUCAAGUUGUGUCCUCCCCGUGUUCAAAAUCUAGUUUAUCAUUCAUUCCACUAAUAUUUCCGAUUUAAGGCAGCUGCAGAUUUUUUUGCGCGGAAACAGGAAAAAUAGAGAAGAGAAAAUUAAGAUAAGUCGUAAGAGAAGCAAUUAAAUCGCUAAAUCAAGGAGGAGUGGUCUAGAAAGAUUCGAGAAAAUUGUCCUUUUCAAUUUUUCAGUGUCUGACGAACUUUAGGAGGAAAAACGUGUCAUAUCCUUCCUUUCAAACUACCUUGUGGAAAACCUGUGCAUGAAAACUGCUUAGCUAAUGUAAACGUGACUUGUUUUUAUGGUUACACUGCUUUCUAGGUCGCCAAGAGUCGUAAAGAAUUGGUUGAUAAGAUGGCCAUCGAGAAACAAACGACAGACGCGAACCAAAAAGAGCAAUUGGACAAGUUACAAGAGGAUUAUAAGGUUUGGUUUAUGCCAAUAGAGAGAAUGGACUGAAUAAGUGAAGCAAAACAUACAAAAGAAAACUUGUUUGAAUCUAACCUGAUUUUUUUGUUGUUUUGCGCAGAAAGAAAUUAACGAACUUAGAGAGCUUCUGACGGGAGAGAAGGUAAUGUGACUCGUUUCUAACUAUUUAUUAAUCAUUUUAAAGCCACUUGUUGAUGUGACGUGGAAUUGUACUACAUCGUAUCAAUAGCAAGAAAGAUGAAAUUACUAACGAAUAUUGGUAAAUCUGCUUUUGGUCUUCGCUUAAUCCAGAGGAAGUGUUCAUGACGUCUUCAGGUGUUCUCGGCACUCUGAGUCGUUCUCAAAAAUAGGCUUCGGAAAUCUUUCAGUAAAACUUUGGAAUCUCUACGUAUCUUCAAACGUUCCGUCAGAAUUCAUGCUUGUUAGACAAAAAGAAAAGGGAUGACAGAGUAUUUAUUUUCUUGGCAAAACAGAAUCUGAUUCCCUUCCUUCUAUGAUUGAAAAUUUUUUUAAGUGUUUCUGCGUGGAAAAAAUGUACGCAGAGCGGUAACUGCACAGUAUCUUAGAGCUAGAAAAUCUCGUGGUCUAAAGUAAAUAAGCCGGAUUCAAUCCUUCAAACAUCAACUCUUGAUCCAGGUCAAUGCAGAUCGCCAGGAACUUUAUCUAGUUAUGGCAAGCAGCUUCCAAAAAAAGUCAUUGUUAUGGAAAUCAGACCUAGUUUUGAAGUUAACUGUCAUGUGAGAAAUCGCCUGAUGCAUACUCGCACAAAAUAAAAAUCAGAAAUGAUGAGGGAAAAAAAACAUCUUUGUCUUCUCAGAGGCACUUAAGCGUGGAUAUAUCACAAAAAAGGGUAAUUUGGUUUUAUCAACUGAGUUGAUAACGUAAAUUGGCCACCGUAAAGAGUUUCAAACCUGACGUUUCUAGCGUUAUCUCUUCCUCCAUUCGCUCCGAUAUAGGACUAACGCUCGAAACGUCAGCUUUGAAACUCCUUAUGGUGGCCAAUUUACAUUAUCAACUCAGUUGAUAAUACUAAAUUACCCUGUUAUACUCUCCCCCGACGCAGCAUCUUUAGAAAGUUUCUUUAGAAACUUAACUCCUUUAUAUCACAAAACAUUUUGAAUUUAAUAAUCGAUCCUCGGUGAAGCUAACGUUCCCUGGUUGAUGAUUUCCAUAGAUUCUCACUACUCUUUGCCUGUAAAUGGUUAUACUAUUUUUUGAGAAUCUGAAAUUUAACGUUGUCGCAUUGACAAACCCUGUCGUUGCAUUCUCAGAAACUUCGCAAAGAAGUUGAAGACUCACAACAGAAGUUAGCAGAAACCAAGGCUAAAUUACAGUCUGUAGAGAGCAAAAGUGGAUGGUUUGAGAGAAGACUUGCUGAAACUGAGGUAUUUGAAUUCCUAACCCUUUCACGAACCUUUAACUUUAACCUUUUCUGCGAGAUCCCAGUCUUAAUCCACCCUCUUAGCUAUCAAACAUUUCCUUGUAGAUUAGAAGGGAGAAUUUUGAGUUAUAUCGUGAUGGCAACUUGAAACUGUUACAUUUGUCUAUACCUCUUACUUAUCGCGUGUGAGGUCUGUUACGGACCGAGUAUUUCCGCCUCAAUUGGCUAUAAAUCCGAGCGGAAAUAAACGAGGUUCCGUAAGUUACAUGUGCAGUACUGACUGAGGAAACGAGUCAGUAAGAUAUUUAAUAUAUCUCUGGCUUCAGAUAGAAUGGAAGAUUUCAAUGUAAACAAACUUUUAAAUUUAGCCAAGAUGUUUUGGCUAUGCGGUGAUCUUAAUCUGUUUUUCUCCACCUAAGGAAAACUUGAAGGCAGAGAAAGAAAGAAAUGAGCAAACACUGGCCAAUCUGCAAGCGGAACGUGAAGAGGAACUUAAAUCUUUGCAAGAAGAGAGAGAGAGAGGGGAAGAGGUGAGUCUAUCACCAAUGCUUCGCAAGCGAGCUGAGCCCAGGGGCUUCUGGGAAAGAGUUUGAGAAAUCUUGGCAUCGUGUUGGUCUCCAGACUCUCAAAUUAAUGGUUUUGUUAAGUUGAAAUAACCUACACUUAAUUUAUAUCAUUUCGUUUCAUUUUCAAUCGCACAGGGAUUUCAGUCUCAGAUCAGUGGGUUGCAGGAAGAAAUGGAGGAAAAGGAACAAGAAAUGGAAAAAUUACGACAAGAACUGAAAGAUAAAGAAGUUGAAAACAAAAUUGCCGGCAAGAAAGGAGAUCAGCUGGUGAGAACCAGUUUGCUUGUGCAAUUUCUUUCUUUGUUUCAGUAAUUUAAUUUUAGUACUGUUUUGGAAUCUUGAACCCAAAGAAAUGACCCUUGCUGGCAGACUACAAUUUCGAUAAAAGCAGAGAAGAAGGCUCGAAGGGGAUUCGACUGAAUUCCAACCCAUGCCUUCCAGUUACAAGUGGGUCUCUACUCCCAACUGAGAUGCGAAGCUACUACACAUUGGGAGCGGGGCACAUGUUAGAGGGUCCAAUCACUAUUGGGAAAGUCACAAUUUUGUUGUUGUUGUUCUUGUUGAAGGUUAAGGACCUGAAGCGUCAGCUCAAACUGGAGAGGAAAAGAGGCGAGCAGUUACAGCAAAAAUUACAAGAAGCUUUAUCAGAAAACAGAGUCAAGCCAGGUGAGAACUGAGCCAAUCACCAGAAAUUUAAUUUCGCGGAAUAAAUACUUUGUCUAAAAUCUGUGUCAGGGAGGAUUGCAACUACUUCAUUGCCAAGGCACUGUGACGUAAAUUGUAAUCAAGAGUGCCAAUUCCUUUUUUUUUCUCUCCUAUUUAUUAUUACCUAUGUAUUUAAAAUAUACUUUAAAUUAUUUAUUUAACUAUUUUUUUUCAAUGAUCUACUCACAAGAUUUCUUUAGUUGCCAAUUUCUUUCCAGUUCGUUCGUCUACUGUGACAAUGGUGUGAAAAGAAAUUGCAUUUCGGUACAUGAAUUCAACACGAAGCUAAUGGUUUGUGUUCUUUUUCUUCAAGCAUUUGAGGAUAUGUUUGUUGGCAGGGAACAUCAACGGCGAAAUAGCGGGUGAGUUUACGGUCGGCUGAUUUUAUUUCACAGAAGAACUAAAACGCUCGCUUCGCUUAAUUUCUAGAUGCGCUUAUUUCCUAUGAGUGUGUGUUGAUUUUACUUGUUCUACCUUUUUUUUUCUUCGUUUCCACACUGCAUUUAGUGCAAACCUUUUCGAGCAAUUUUCAAUCGAGUGUUGAAAAUAAUCCGGGACUUUUAUGGUUUUGCUAUGUGUUACCCUGUGAUUGGUCCAGAAAACUCGUGCCAUUCUCUCGACCAAUCAGAUGCAAAACUAUCACCAAUAACGACCUGGUCCCCCGCGUUUUCCCGCGCUUUCUGCGGUUGGCUAGUUUUUACUUUGAGUUCCCCCAUUGGAUCUUCAGGGUAUUUUCAAAGCUGUUAUUUUUACAGCAAAGUUUAUUUUGAAAUUUCGUUGUUAUUUUCUAGUGAUUCAUCAAUUGUUAGUCAACCGUCAAGAAGUGAAGUGGACAGCCCGGAAUUUAGGGUACGGUUAAAUGUAUGGAUUGAGUGCGUAGAUACCAAGAGUGAUCCAGUUACGGUCGAAGGGUUACUGUACUAGUUUUUUUUUUUUUUUUUUUUUUUUUCAAGUUUUUAGUGUUUUUGUUGUUGUUGUUGUCUUUUCAAUUUAACAAAUAUACAACUGCUUAAUGUUAAGCCCAGGUUUCAGAAUGACGAGGGAUUGAAAAGCUAGACAUAGAGUAGGUAGCGAACAAUAACUUGAAACGUAAAGUGUAUUACAUUCGACAACAACCACCACUUCUCUUCAACGCAUUAUCUUGUGAUGAUAUUCUUUAGCCCCCAAGCCCCGCUGCGUCCAUGAUCAGUAUGCUUAACGACGAUACCACUGACCUGAUAGAGCGACUCGCGGACGUUCAGCAAGAUAAGUGGCUCCUCGAGGAAAAGGUUUGUAUUGAAGAGCCUUAAGUACACGUUUUUAUCGAGUAUCGUACAUGUAUAACAACCCACGUGUGAGGCCAGGCUGCCGAGUUUUUUCACAAUGGCGGCUUCCAUGGAUGAAUGUUCAGCACAUCUUAGGACAAUUGUCGAAUGCUUAUGUUGCGUUUUUGAUCUGAAAACGCAGUUAUCAAUGUCAAAAUUUCACUUAUUCCUUGUUAUGGCCGAUAAAAAAUAAACAGUUUAGGACGUACCUCUCGUUGAAGUUUGGAAAAAAGUUUAAGGAGAGCUAUGUAUGGAUUACAACGUGUCUGUCGUCUCGGUGAGCAAAAACUGAUGAAAAAUCUUUCUGAUCAUUUUUACGUGUUUUUUUUUCUUUUAUUCUCAAAUGACUGAAAACAAUUUACGAGGUAGUAAACUGAACGGUUCACAACACGUUCACAUUCUUUUUUUAGCAGAAUUUAUACUCCUAUGUUCAUUUUUAUGCAGGUAGUGUUUGAAAACACGAAACUCGCUCGAAACUACGGAAAAUUUCCACGAAGCAAACUCAAGUUGUGAUUUGUUUAAUAAUUUGCAAAAAAAGAAUUCCUUAUUUCUUUCUUUUUUUUUUGCUCUGUAGACUUGUAAACUUUUUCAAAGAAUUGUAAAUUGUUUUCUUUUAGUUCAUCGGCCUUGUACUACAAUUUUUUUCCUUCAUCUAAGAAUCUUCAGCUUUUUCAUGAUUUCUCUUGCAGGUUCGCCAUCUUGAAGAAAAUGGAGCAGCGCUAGCGGAGGAUCUAUUAAAAAAAUCAGCCAUAAUUCAGGCAUACGCCAUGGAAACUAAAGUCGGUAAGGUUAUUCGGACGACCCAGUUACUCCACUGUAGAAGGAACAAGACCUAGUUGCGUCACAUGUAAAUGGCCAGGUUGAUAAGCAAGAUUCAAAAUGGCGGCGUCUAUAAUAGACCUUUUCAUCUGCCUGGAAAGGCGCUCAGAAUCCUAAUUCUAUAUAAAAGAUUAAAUCAAAAUGAUAUCGUUUCUGAAUGAUAUCUUUUUUUUAAACUUUUAUUCUCUUGUAUUAUUUGGUUUUAAUAUAUUUAUAUUUAUAUGUGUUUAUUUGUCUUUUCCAGGUCCUAUAGCGGAGUCUCCAGCGAAACCAUCCCCAGCCGCUUCGAUUUUUACUUUAAAAGAGAAGAUUCGGUCUCCUUUUGGUAAAGCUAAGCCUGAGAACACCAGAAAAAUACAGCUGAUGCUGGAGGAGACACUGACAAAGAACAUUCAAUUACAGCGGGUAAGAGGUCUCAUAAGUACCUGUCAAUUGUUUGUUCUCUCUCGUUAUUGGUGCGCUUUUCGAUUAAGUGUCAUAAAAGCAACACCAAAAUAAUCACAACCGCCAAUCAGAAAAGAGGAAAAUACCUUUAAGAGCCAAUGAGAACUCAAAGUAAAACACCAAACAAACUGCCUAAAGCGCGGGAAAACGCGGGCGACCAAGUCGUGUUUGGAUAUAGUUAUUCUUCUAAUUGGUUGAAAGAGUGGCGCGAGUUUUGUGAACCAAUCACAGAUCGAAGUGAAUCAAAAACAAAGGAUUCCUUGAACAUUGAACUGAAAAGUGCCCACACAUUAUCACUUUUCUCUUUCUUAGGACGUGGACUCAAUGUCUAAAGAACUUCAAAGAUUCAAACAACAAGAAGUGAUUCCACCGGAACUCAAUGAAACUUCGGAUUCAAUGUUGAAUUCAAGUUUAUGGAAAGCCACAGAGGAAGAGGAAUCUGAAUCUAGUUAGCAAUUUUUAACUGAUUUAAUUUUAGGUUUAAGACACUUUUGUCGAGUGCAGGGAACCUUGGGUUGCGUUCCCCACUGAGCUGUUAACUCCUUCACUCACAUGAGUGACCAAGACAGCAUUUCUCCUUACUGUACCAAUGCAAUAUCAAGCAGAAAAUUGAUGAAAAUAAAGCAGAAUAUCAACAAGGGGAUCGUUAGUUGAUCCAAUACCAAAUUCUUCGAACUAACAUCAUAAGAAUUGUAUGGCUGUCAGUAAGGAGAAAUACUCAUGAGAUCUUUGGAGUGAAAGGAUUGGUACAACUUGUCAUCUUAUCACAGGUUUGAUAGUCAGUUGUUAAGUCACAAACAGUUUUUCCGGGAACAGUGUCACAGAUAGACAUGUGUGCUUAUAAUGGGGCCAGUUUGAUCAGGUAAAGAGAAACUUUCUUACAGAAGUUCUCCUCCGCAGUAGAUUAUGGAUGAUACUCAAAUGUCGCACUAAACCGUCCGCUUAAUAAAAAUGUUAUGAAAUAAAAGAGCUUACUAGAACAUUGAAGUCAGCGACCGCUAAGAAGAGUUCUCCAAUGGAUACAAGGUUAUUUACCAUAAAUAUGGGGAAAAAUUGGUGCAGGGUUUUAAUUUAACUUGGGGUCCUAUCACUACGGGUUUCUUAUCAAAUCUCUUUAGUAUCACCAAUAUACAAAUAUAUAUUUAAUAGAUCUUUUAAAGAGAUUUAGAUUUAUAUUUCUCUAAAAAUGAAUCAUCGAGUAGUGUUCUUUCUCACGAGAAGCGAAGUAAAUUCGCUCGAGUGUAAAAUGAAAGGAAAUCUUUGGUACUGUUCAAGCGCUCGGUUGAUAAACAUUGUAGUGACAAUUUUUAGAGCAAAUGCAAAUAGCAUCUUUGGGGGGAAUUUGUAGAUAUUACGCCUAUUAUUUUAACAAGAUAUGUAAACUAGUAUUGCUAGUCUUUUUUUUUUUCAAUUUUUUUUCAAUAUUUUCAAUGGCCUAUGUACGUGCGUGUUCUAUCGAGAAAGGUACGGUUUGUAAAUACAGCUAUCCAAUGAACUAAAAAAAAGCAUUGUAAAGAGUGAAGUAAGCUUCUGUAUUCUGGCAAACGAGUAGAUCGAAAGCAUGGUAUUAUGCGAUAUGCCGAUGUUUACUUCAUUAAAUAAGAUAUAGGAACUUAGAAGACCUAUAUCUCAAGUACCUUUAUCAUACUUACUCACGUCCGAUAAGUCAAAAUAAACACGAAAAUCUGAUGCAUUUAUACGUUUUAUUCCACGCGUAAUGCGUCAAAGGAAGGUCGAGAGGUUUAUAAUAAACGAACUUGAAAGGAGUUUAAGCGUGGAAUGGAAUUGAUAAAGUUUUGAGACUUUCAUUGCUACUGUGUUUGUCGAUACACCAUUUUGAUGCCUUUCAAAGACCAGUUUGACGUAUUUUGCCCAGCAGAGGAAUAAACGUUUCAUAAAAGGUGCAGAGGGAACGAUAUUUUUAAAUUAGGUGAGCUGUGUACUACAAGUGAAGUAUUGUUCUUCUUAGAAUCUUAAUCGUAAUAUUUGUUAUUAAAUUUUACAACUUCAACGAAACUCUCAUUCAAAUCGCUGAAAUGUAAUCGAUUCGUGCAAUCCAACCAGUACGGCGAUGAACAAAUUUGUAGAUAAUGUAGAUAAAUUUACUUAAAAAGUCCCUUGUUCUACUUUGCUCGCCAUUAAUGCCUAGGUAAACAAAUCUGCCCCAGAAUAAAUUAAACAAUCAGG